UGUUUUCUCGUAAUCUCAAGAAGGCAGUUGCGUGUUUUCAGUUUUCGUAGGUUUCGUAUUUUCGUGGUCUGCGUUUGCACAAGUUCGUAAAGUUACAAGAAAUCAUUUUUUCAAUAUAUUGAGAUCUCUUUAUAUUCGUGAUGGCUGACGACGACUUCGAUGUUGAUGAUGCUGGAAUUGGAGAAGAUUUUGAUGACGUAGAGGAUGACGAAAACAUUGAAGAACUUGAUCAACAAGAGGAGGAGACAGAAAAUGUGGAUAUCCUAGCUGCAGGAGCUGCAGGUGGUGGUGUGGUCAAAUCCAAGCGAAUCACAACUCGUUACAUGACUAAAUAUGAAAGAGCGAGAGUUUUAGGUACAAGAGCACUUCAGAUAGCCAUGUGUGCACCAGUCAUGGUUGAACUAGAAGGUGAAACAGAUCCUCUUCAAAUAGCUAUGAAAGAACUUAAGCAGCGCAAAAUUCCAAUUGUUAUUCGUAGAUACCUGCCUGAUCAGAGUUAUGAAGAUUGGGGAAUUGAUGAACUUAUAAUCAUUGACCAUUAAUUUAUGUAUUUUCAAAAUCUUGUAUAAUAUCCUACUAUAAGUCAAACAUUAAAUAAUUAGAAACUAAAUCUUA